AUGGUACAAGAACAAAUUAAACAGGAACCAAGUGAGGGUUCUCUUCAGCAGUGGGAAGCCCAAUGGCAGAAGUUCCUGAAGAGUGUAGAGUCUCCAUGCUCAGGUUGGCAAAUCCUACAAGUGCCAAGGGAAACCACACCAUGGGAUGAUUCUAAAGCCUUUCUAGUCUCCUUUGAGCAAGUAGCUGAAGCCUGCCAGUGGCCCAAGGAAGAGUGGGUGGCCAGACUCCUGCCAGCCCUCAGUGGAGAAGCAGAACAGGCUUUUACCAGGCUGGAGGCCCAAGAAAGAGAGGACUAUGGGAAAGUGAAGGCAGCCAUCUUGCAAAGCGAUGCCAUCAGCAGGGAAAAUCAACGUCAACACUUCAGGCAUUUCUGCUACCAGGAGGCCGAGGGGCCGAGAUGGGCCUACAGUCGCCUCCAGGAAUGUUGCCAUCGGUGGCUGAAAAUUGAGAGGCACUCAAAGGAACAGAUCAUGGAGUUGCUGAUCCUGGAGCAGUUCCUCGCCAUCCUGCCACUGGAGAUCCAGAGCUGGGUCAGCAAAAGCACCCCAGAGACCUGUUCCCAGGCUGUGGCCCUGGCUGAGGAUUACCUGCUGAAGCACAAAAAGGUUGAAACCCAGGGCAAGCAGGUGGCAUUUUCAGAGGAAGCUGCGAGUUUUUGUGAAGAAGGCGGGACUAUUUCUGACACUGAACAGUGGCGGCCAUACAUUGAAACAAAGCAGGAAGAUGACAGGUGUGCCGACCUGUUGGGUGCCACAAAACAGUUUGUUGUUCUGCUGCAGCAAAAUGACAUGGCUGCCUUUCUGGAGUAUUUGGUUUAUAAGUAA